AGCCUCCUCUGAGACUCGCCCUCCGAUGCUAAAACUUCAAUAACCGGUCAUGGGGAACCCAUUGCCAGUGGAUGCUGCCGAUCUGAGCGGGGCUGCUGCGAUCGACAGGCUACCCUAUCGUCGCAUUCAUUGGCUCUCUGGAACUGCUGAACCUGGUGGCAAUGGCUUGGAUUUCGCUCUGGUUUGUGACACGACGAUGGAUUUGCCGCCUCCAUCGGCAGGGGUGAAAAGUCGGAUGGAGAGGUUGAUUUUACUGGAGCACGUUGAGAGGAUCGUGGGCUGGCUCGUGCUCACGGUGGUCCUCAUUAUCCUUGGAUCGUUUGGCGGGAGCAUGGAGGGAGCGGCAUUCUGGCUGUGCGUGGGCGUGCUCGUCGUCGAAACUAUGUUGAAACUCACCCGAAUGUUCGUUCAGGACUACGUCGCCAGUGGCGUGCGUUGCAGUUUUGUCAUGCUCCAGUUCGCUGAGGAUUCCAGUCGUUAUCAUAGCUACCUUGCGGCGGUGUGGUUCUUGCGAGUGUCAGGCAUUCUAUCGCAGGGAGUGUUGGCUGGGACGCUGGCUGGGCGAGUUAUUUCUCAAAAAGCACUGCCCAUCGAGGAUCCAGGUCAGGACAGGCUUCUAGAGACUAUACACUGCUGCUAUGGCGUCGUCUUUUUGGAGGUCGUUAUCUCCCUCUUCAUCGUCUGGUUCAACUCGUUCCAUUCCACACCUUUCUCGCUUGUCUUGGGUCUGAAGCGCCUGCUUUCGAGUCGAGAAGCACACCUCUGCCGCAGUUCAACCGACACAUGGACGCGUGGCGCAGCGCCUGAGACCAGGGAGGCCAUAAGGAGCUUACCACGGGCCAUUCGAGAGAGCCGGGCGAUCGAAGACCUAUCGGCUCUCGUGUGGUACUCGCACUGCAAGCAACACCCUCUGUUGCCCGCUGUGUGCGCCUACCAAACCGACGGGAACUGCGGCCUGCCCGGACACUGGUUCCUUACCGUGGAGCAGCUGCUCAAGCGUGCUUUCGGUCCCCGCAGCAGGGACAGAAAGAGGUCUUUAUUCCCAGACAUGCAGUCCAACGGAGUGGAUAUGGACCAGGAACUGGCCCUGGACGCACUGGCCCGGUUCGCCAAGAGCSGCGAUMGGCACGUUUGCGACUUGAUCGUCAGAGAAAACGGGACGGGUAUUAGUGAGCUUUGCAAAAUCCUUGACGGCCACAGGUCCGCGGGAUGCCGGGAAAGGGCAGUUGCGAUCCUCAAUCACUUGUCACAGAUAAGUAGGAGGGAACGAKRGUCGGGSWUGGCGGAUCCGUACGAUCCGCUCCKUCCCCUGGAUSACCUCCAGGUGAGCGGACUGGGAUUCCAUAUGCUAAAUGCUUUGRUGUCCAGCGACUCUCCCCACGUCCAGGAGAAUGCCGCCGCAGCACUUUUUGUGCUCUGCGAACGAGACCGACUCCAGGAAGUUUUGUUCUGCGGGGAACAGGGUAAAAUUCUAUUCGAAGAGAUGGCAACCAUGACAGCAGGUGGGAAAUUGACGGACGCAGGCUGCGAGUACACCUUCAGGGUCUUCGGAAUGGUACUGAGUAGGCAUGUACCGUAUGCGCAUUCAGUGAGGCUGGAGGAAGUCCAGAGCUUCACGCAGCUUUCUGCAGCAGCACAGUCUCCAAAAAUAGAAUGGAAAACACCUCGGCGGGAGGUGAUCUUCGGCGUUCACCACCGCCACAGCUGCUUGAAAUAUGAACAGUCCUGUAUCCUACCCCCGCGAGGCGCUUUUCGGGAGUCCAGAGCACUUCCGCUGAUCGUAGACUUUUCUGUGGCCCCCUGGGGGUCUCAACUCUGCGCAUUUAACUUAGCCCACGUCUUCUUAUGUUAUCAUGCCCUUGGCUCACAUCACCUUUUCCCUUUCGAGGUUGCCGAGCUGACACGUCUUCUGCACAUGCGGUUCGAACGACUGCCCAUCAAUAUGGUGUACGUACUGGUGGCAUUCUGCGACUUGUUCCUGAGGUACUUCUCAGAUGAUCACCUGCCCCUUGAUGGUCCCGACCGCAGGGUGGAGAUCCAGAUUGAUCGCGACAUCGUCCCCAGGCUGAUCACACAGGAGCGAAGAAGGUUGGUAACCAACCUUGUUCGUUUUAUCGACUACUUAUCCUCUAUCCUGCCCUUAGAGCCCUCGUGGCAGGAUUUCAUGACCAACAUUCACCAAGACGACCAUGACCGUUUCCCUAUCCUUGAUGGUUUUAUAGACCACUUGUCCGCUAUCAAGCCCUACGAGGACUCGUGGCGGGAUUUCAUGACCUUCAUUUACCACGACCAUAGCCGUUUGCCUACCCUGACACGGGCAUACCGCAGCCCUGCCAGGUUGCUGUCUUAUCUCCUGGCCAACCACUUCGAUCUUCUUAGCGACGAGAUUGACGAGGUUUUCAUCGAGACCCAGUCAAACUCUCGCCCCGCUCUGCUAAAGGGGUCCAAAGAACACGCAACCAUGUGGUGGUGGUUGGCAUAUCUGAUUUUGGAGAAAGAAGAAUCAAAGAAUACUAAGUUGAAUGCCUGCAUGGCUCUCACUCGCCUAGCAACACACAGGGGUAACUGUCUUCUCCUCAAUGCUGUCGAACCCUGGAUAUAUCUCCUCAAAUUCCACUCCGUCCAUGACUGUGCUAUACUGAACGAGCCUGAGUUUCAACGACUGGCGGGCGUUCUCAGAAACCAUUUGCCGGCUUUGGCCUCGAGCCACACGUAGUUGGGAUUGACUCGUCAAAGUCAGUCAGUCAAGCCGGGCAACGUCCUGGUGCAUCAUCGUCCCGAGAGGCUUCUGCUGCUGUCCAGAUGCUAGCCUGUGGAAUCUGAAGUCCCAACUUGAAGUAUGACCGAGGGUGCUAACUCUGUUGGCUAUGCGGAUUGUCUGAGCCUUGGACAGGGGCAGGUUAGAAAUUAAGUGUAGACUAGGUGACAUGGUAGAAAUCUCGUACUAGGAUAUAUAUACUGGGGGUUGUUGGUCCGUUAAGGAUAUAGCUUGAAUUUGCUAGGGACGAAGGAGGGAUAUUCCCACAAUUUCCCAGUACCCCGAUAGGCCUAGAAGUGUUCUGCAGCUAUCCCGUA